AAAAUAGCUCGACGGGCCUUGGCAUUCAAGUACCUUUAUGGAAAAAAAGAUUCUCAGGUCACCAAAUAUAAUACAGAUGAAUUAACAAAUUUAUUAAUAGAUAAUGACAUCUAUUCACCUGAACUAUUGGACUCUGGUAAGGCUACAGAUAAGAAAGGACAAUUGUAUAUUAAUGUUUAUGGCCUAUCUUGGAGAAGAUCACAUACGUUGAAAGUUCAGAGGCCUGAAGGUGUACCCGAUUGGGCAGCAGGUGAAGAAAAUGAAGAAAUUUAUUCUA